ACGUCUACUGAAAUAUGUACAUUUGAUAGACCAAAAAUUUGAUAGACCAAAAAAAAAAAAAAAGGUGUGAAGACGGGAGAAAGCGUCCCUUGGAGAAAGCGUCCCUUACGUUGUUUCCUUACGUUGUUUCGCAAAUCAUAUCGACUUCGCACAACUCUCCUUCUCAAAUAUGACUCCCGAAGAGUCGAUUGCCUUGAUCAAGGUCGGCCUGACCGAAGUUCUCAACCCCGAAAUCAUCGAAGAUGUUAUCCUUAAUCAGAAACGAGAUCUUAAAGUCUACUGGGGAACGGCCACGACAGGACGACCGCACUGCGGCUACUUCGUGGCAAUGGUGAAAAUCGCAGAACUCCUCCACGCCGGAUGCCAUGUCAAGAUCCUCCUCGCCGACUUACACGCCUAUCUCGACAACAUGAAGGCUCCGCUCGAACUGAUCGAGCAAAGACUCAAGUACUACGAAUAUAUCGUAAAGAGCUCGCUAAAAGCUGUAGGCGUAGACAUCACAAAGCUAGAGUUCGUCAAGGGAAGUUCGUACCAAAAGAGCGAGAACUACACAAUGGAUCGAUUCAAGUUGGAGGGUAUGACUAGGAUAUCGGUUGCGCAGAAGGCUGGUGCCGAAGUCGUCAAGCAGACUAGCGAUCCGUACCUAGGUGGUCUCACCUAUCCCCUGAUGCAAGCGCUAGACGAAGAGUAUCUCGACGUCGACGCACAACUCGGUGGUCUGGAUCAACGCAAGAUCUUUACGUUUGCCCUGGAGAACCUACCAAAGAUCGGUUACAAGGUCAGGGCGCAUCUGAUGCACUCAAUGGUACCUGGUUUAGGAGAGGCACAAAAGAUGAGCUCCAGCGAACCGGAUUCUAAGAUCGAUUUGCUAGAUUCCCCCGACGCGGUGUCCAAGAAGUUGAAAAAGGCCGUGUGCGUACCUAAGAAGGUUGAAGGCAACGGUGUUGUGGCCUUCGUAGAGCAUGUUAUUUUCCGGGUGGUGGCUAUAAAGACUGGAGGAAAGCCUCACUUCACAGUCGAGAGACGAGAAGGAGAACCCCUUAUCUACGACGACAUUGAAAAAUUAAAGGCAGAUUUCGAGGCAGACAUACUCACUCCCCAACUUCUAAAGGCUGCUUUGACAAAGGCGCUGAACGAGCUCUUAGACCCUAUCAGGAGCGAGUUCGAGGCAUCAGAGGAAUGGCAGAAGAUUACAGAGCUAGCUUACCCGUCGGAAGAAAAGCAGCAAAAAGUGAAGAAGCAAAAGGACAAGGGUGACCCGGCCAAGCGUGCAGCUGCGCUCGCGGCGAAGGCAGAACAAUUGAAGCUGAAGGAGGGUGGAAGCGAAGAGUCGAAAUAAAACCUAUGAUACCUCGUAGCAGUAUUGGUAGAUUUGAUGCUAACCCAUAAAAUGGUGUCUUGCAUUUUCUUGGAGCCCUUGGAGCCGAUAGAUGAAUACCAUGGUUAUUACAAGAUUUCUGUUUAUUCUACCUUUCUACCUUUUGGAAGUGUGAUUUAAUCUAGCCCUUAUGUUGUGAUUAUCAACG